AUGAGUUAUCACGACAAGAACGAGAUAGAGAAGAGACACAGCGACAAUACUUUAUUUGGCCACCUGAAGGCUGCUCAUUUGAGUUUCAUACGUCUGUGGGACGAGCACGAGAAGAAGGUGGAACCAGGGAAAGUGAAAAGUGGAAAAGCAGUCAACUGUUGCUGCUGCUGCUGUUGCUUCUGGGGGGCCUCAGUCACCUGGGGACAUGUCAAGAAAUAUGCCAGCCUGCUGUACACGGAAGACGUGUACCUAACGCUAGAGACCCCAGGCAGAGAUGUGGUCUACGGCUCGCAGAAUGCCUCUGAUAGCUACAUAAUUACGGCUCUGCAUGUGGAGGACCUCAGCCGCAGCCCCCCAAGUGCCAACGGGGUUGAUGGGGCCGAGGAAUCGGCACAUCUACAAGUGUCCGUCUAUGGGCUGGAGCUGUGAGGUGUAUCUGUGGGAUCGUAUCUUUUUAAGUGCGUGUGUGGGAGAGCGUGUAAAAGCUGUAAAUAUUAAUUACUAUAGAGGCGACACUUGGAUUGGCACUUACAUUGUCAAGUGUAAUAGUCACUUACAUAUGCAUAGUAUAUACAUAUAUAUAGUAUGUAUGUAUGUGUAGAAAAGUAACACUCUACUCUUAUCUUUAGGCUCUUUAAGUCUCCCCUCAAUUCGAGAGGAUUUUCAACUCAUUCGACAUCAAUUAAACUUUGUUUUUGGUAAUAAAAUACUUCCGCUUUGACAACAUACAUAUAUGUGGUGUGAGGACCCAUACUGGGAGCCUCACAUAGUAACAAGAGUUAAUUGAUUAAGAAGACAACCUGAAAAUAUAAGACAUCGCAAUGGAGCGAGAUUUGUAUCAGUAAAAAUCAUCUUCUAUGUUAGUAAAUAAGCUAGUUAAUUUUUGCAUAGCCGAAAUCCCGCCAAACGGCCAGCUCACACAGAAUAGCCGCAAAGAGAACAGCGAAGAGAGAGAGCCACGCUCAGCCGGCAACAGAGCAGAUCUCUUUCGAGAAAGUCCCGUUGGCCCGAAAACGAGCGCCAGGCGUGGUGAGAGCGUCGAGCGACCGUGGCGAGAGCGGGAGUCGAUUUUCGGAAGCGAGCAAAGACGGAACGCCGCGGAGUGACUAGAAAAGCAAGAAAAAGUGUUGAACGGCCGGGCGCCCGAGAAGUAGAGAAGAAUGGACGAGCUGCAGGAGCACAGACGCCGGAUCCGCGGGUGAGCUGGCCGAUGGCCAAGGUAGUAGUAGAAGUAGCAGGGAGUGCGAGGGAAACCAUGCCAAUAAAACUUCGAUCAUAUGACUAA